AGCCGAAGCGUUGAGGGGGUCCGUUUUGGGGGCCUCAGUAUUACAUCCCUGCUUUUUGCAGAUGAUGUGGUGCUGUUGGCUCCUUCAAACGGGGCUCUCCAACUUUCACUGGAGCGUUUCGCAGCCGAGUGUGAAGCGGUUGGGAUGAAAAUCAGCACCUCCAAAUCUGAAACCAUGGUCCUCAGUCGGAAAAGGGUGGAGUGCCCCCUCCGGGUCGGGGGGGAGAUCUUGCCCCAAGUGGAGGAGUUUAAGUAUCUUGGGGUCUUGUUCACGAGUGAGGGCAGGAGGGAGCGCGAGAUCGACAGGCGGAUCGGUGCAGCGUCUGCUGUGAUGCGGACGUUGUAUCGGUCUGUCGUGGUGAAGAAGGAGCUGAGCCAAAGGGCGAAGCUCUCAAUUUACCGGUCGAUCUACGUUCCAACCCUCAUCUAUGGUCACGAGCUAUGGGUCGUGACCGAAAGAACGAGAUCCCGGAUACAAGCGGCCGAAAUUAGUUUUCUCCGCAGGGUGUCCGGGCUCUCCCUUAGAGAUAAGGUGAGAAGCUCGGUCAUCCGGGAGGGGCUCCGAGUCGAGCCGCUUCUCCUCCACAUCGAGAGGAGCCAGAUGAGGUGGCUUGGGCAUCUGAUUCGGAUGCCUCCUGAACGCCUCCCUGGUGAGGUGUUCCGGGCAUGUCCCACCGGGAGGAGACCCCGAGGAAGACCCAGGACACGCUGGAGAGACUAUGUCACCCAGCUGGCCUGGGAACGCCUCGGGAUCCCCCGGGGAGAGCUGGAAGAACUAGGGAGAGGGAAGUCUGGGCUUCCCUGCUAAAGCCGUUGCCCCCGCGACCCGGCCCCGGAUAAGCGGUAGAAGAUGGAUGGAU